AUGAAUAUCCUCUCGAAGGGCGAAGCAAUUUCGAACUCUGCCGCUCUGGAACUGGUGAGGGAUACACUCGCCAAAUUUAAAGCGAGAGAAGAAAAGGAAACCAGUAAUAGCACAAAUUUCGCAUUUAGUACAGAGGAAUCUACAACAACUCGCAAGGGUCAUCGAAAUAACGACUCGAAUGUAAUUGAUGAGGAGCUUUGGAAGCUCAAGGUCAAGAAACUGAAUGAAUUUUGUAUUAAUAAAGCAGAUAAGUCGGAAUGUAUCCAUAACCACGUUUUAUUUUUGGAAUCGGUUGAAAAGUAUCUCUCUUGUGCCGACAAAAACUAG